UCACACUAAUUACGCUGCCACAUUGAUUACUCUGUUAUUGUUUUUAAAAAUUCAAUAUCCGAGUAAAUGACGACCAAUCUGUUAAAUCUGGACGUGGACAUGCUGUUCGAAAAGUACAGCGUGUCCGAUAUUGACUUGGUGCACAAGAAAAUCCAGACGGAGGUGGAGAACAAGCGUGAGGAGCUGCGCACCCAUGUCGGAGAGCGGUACAGGGACCUCCUGCAGGCGGCGGACACCAUUGCGGCUAUGCAGACGUCGGCAGGUACGCUUAUGGAGCAAGUGCGUCACGUGCAGGCCAACUGCCGCAGUCUUAAUGAGCAGCAGCUCCUGGGCUUCCAGUCCACCACAACUGCGGAUCCCAAGGAAGCGGCACUGCAGCAACGAAACGCCGGAAGGAAGCUGCAGACAUAUUACGGUACCAUGGCCCAGAUUAAGCUGCUUACCGCGUUGCCGGAACUCAUUUGGACGCACCUGGACAACGACAGGUUUUAUGCCGCCACCGAGCUGUUUAUCUUUAGCCGGCACAUCAGCACAGGCUUGCAGCUGGACGGCCAAAGUGCCCUGAUGCAGAAGCUACCGGUGGCCCGCAAGCAAUGGGAGAUCCUGCGUCCCUUCCACGUUACCAUUAAGCAGGCAGUGUUGGCAGCACUCGAGAGGGAGGAACUUCUUCCCGAAAUGGCCGUGGAUUGCCUACAGAGCCUUUUAUUGCUGGACAAGAGCGACUUAAGUGCCGUGCUAAAAACCUUUCUCGGUUUGCGCUCUUCCGCUUUUCUUAAUUGCCUGCAGAGCCGACCGUCCGACGCACGUCGAGUUAAGGAGCGCAUCCUGGCCAGUUUGAGCGUUCUGAACAGCACCGUGGAUCUGCUGGACAAAUGUUUGCUGGGUGAUAGCCUCCUCUUCACCCGUUUGGCCGACUGCUCCUCGCCUACAUGCCCGCCCAGCAUUAACCGGAUGGAGAGCAGCGAGCGGCAGCUGGCUCACCUUUUGCCCGAAAUCAUAGCUGGUUUCAAGCCGCAGUUUGAGGUGCCUCAGCUUACACCAGAGCAACUGGGCGCUUCCCUUCAGCAGUGGCUGGAUAAGAUGAACGCCCUGGCAGCAGCUCAUCUGCAGCAGGUCUUCGCCCUGGUCAGCAACAUGCAGACCAUCCAGGACAUCAAAACGGCGGCCAGGGCCAACGGUCGUCCGGACUUCGUCCGCUUGGAACAGCAGCUGCAUCUGAAGCACAGUCAGUUGGACUUCUACGUACGAAAGUACGUCCCGUUGAUUAAUGCCAGAGUGCGAGAGAUCAUCCGCAGCAGUUGGGCCACAGCCAUGAAGCAGACCUACGAGCAGGUGCUCUCGCUCAUCGAAGCCGGACAACCACAGUCGCCGAAACAAAUUUGGCGAGAGCAGAGCGAGGAUCUGCCUUUGAGCUUGGCGGCGGCGCUAAGUGAUCAACCAAAGCGGCUGGCUAACCGCACAAAGGGCUACGAUGGCGCCACCAUGGAGCUGUGCAAACGCUUUGACUCUCAUCUUGCUGAUAUCGUCCAGGAGCUGAAUGUGAUGCUACAGGAGCAGACAACACGGGCGGAGGAUAAACUAUCGCUUAUCACUUUUCUGCGCGAGACAGCCGAGGAGCAGCUGACCGAGUAUCUAACCAACCUAAAGGGAUUGCAACUCAGAGAGCGCCCUGCUCUGCUCCUGGCACUAAGAAAUACUUUGGCCUUGGUGGAACUGUGCCCCAAUUUGAAGCUAUGCUUCUGUCAGCCUUCAAGUUGGCGGCAGUGGACUGACAACAUCGCAGGACUGGGGAUCGAGCAUUGGCAGCGUAUUUGCGGUUUGAUCGAAGAGGAAAUGCUAUCCUUCUGGCUGCUCAUCGUUGACGAUGUGCUGGCUGGGCACAACUGCGAGGAGAAGCUGCCUAAAGUUAUUAACCAUGAAGUUGUUCUCAGCGAUUUUGCGCUGUGGCAGACUUUGACUUUGGAGCAGCGUGACGAGGACCAGGAGCAAAGUGUUCAGUCUACCAUUCGCAUUCCUAGCCAACCGCGUCUUUCUCUGCAAACGUAUCUGCAUCAGCUGAUCCAGGCGUUGAACCAGGCUGUUCCCCAAACACUGCCACCUAAAGUAUUGCAAGCCUUCAUCCAGCGGCUUUUGGGAAAACUGCUUUCCCACUACCAGGGAUUGGCCAGAGCGGAGUGCACAAAAUCUAGCCAGAACAUUGCUCUGCAGUUGUACUUCGAUCUGAAGUUCCUGGAACGUGUGUUUGCCGUUACUCGUGAGGAGAGGAAUCUCUACGAACAAAUCCACUCCCAGCAGAACGAACUGCGCGACUGCAUCGAUCCCUUUGACUUCGAGCUGUUUGCCGAGCACAUAACAGCGCAUGUGGCUAGAGCUUCGAGCCGUCUUCAGGGCGAACUGGGAGUGCUGACACCCUCGACCGCUGCUCCAACUCAGGGCGCAACGGCAGCCAGUACUUUGGCCCACGAAGCAGAUCCCAAUGUCCUGUGCCUUAGCUCCUCCGGAUCCACGUCGCUCUGGUUCCCCCUGUUGCCUAUUGUGAUGCCCCAAGCUGCCGGAAGAACCACUGGCAUCGAACGGAAAGCCCCGGUUCAGGAAACAGCAGAGAAAAUGGCGACAACAACGCCGACGAGGAAAUCGACGGGGGGCAAUGGAGCCCGCAAGGGAGACAGUGGCAAAUCCAAAUCGAGCGCAGCUUCCUUCUUCGGGAUGUCCCAGGACUGGUUUCGCUAGAGGAGUCGAAUGAAGUGGCCUGUGAAGUUCAUCCGAGUGGAAUGCGUAGAACGGAAGGGAAGGGAAGGGAAGGGAGCUGAACGGAACCCGUUCUCUCCGGCAUUUCAACGUUUAGUCGAGCAUUCAAAAUGUUUAACCUGUAUCCAAACAUAUUUGUAGAACGAGCGGGCACCGCCAAAUAAUUGUUAGAGAGUCACAUACAUUAUAGAUACAUAUUCCCUGA